UAACAACCGCAAACACGAAAUGGCUUCUGGUGGCAGGCUAUUCCCCUUCGCUCUUGUGACCCUGCUCCUCUUCCUCAUCUCCCCAUCUCCGUCCUUGUCUUCUGAUGAUGGCAAGGUGAACUUGUCGCUCUACUACGAGAGCCUGUGUCCCAGCAGCGCAGAUUUCAUAGCCAACCACCUCGUGAAGGCGUUCGACACCGAUCUCAUAGACAUUAUCAACCUCAAAAUCGUCCCUUGGGGCAAUACUCGGAUCGACAGUCGCACCGGAGCAUUCAUAUGCCAGCAUGGUGAGGUUGAAUGCUACCUCAACACCAUUCAAGCUUGUGGCAUCGAGGUCUGGUCUGAUCUGAAUCCGCAUUUCAAUUUCAUUCGCUGCGUGGAGCGUAAUGUCUCCGAGGGUGGGCUGCAAGCGGGGAAGAUCUCUGCUGUGCAUCAGGAAGAAUCCUCAAAUGUCGCAGCCUCAAAAUUGUGGGAGUCUUGUGCGGAAGAGCUGAAAUUGGAGGAAGCAGGCAUAUACGAGUGCUACACCAGCGGACGCGGAAGAGAGCUUGAACUACAAUACAAAGCUGAGACUGAUCAGCUUAGUCCGCCUCACGGGUACACACCGUGGGUGGCUGUGAAUGACCAACCGCUCUACGAUGACUACAUGAAUUUCAUGGACUACGUUUGCCAGGCUUACGAGGGCGGCCCGCCAAAACCCGCUGCUUGCAACUCGACUCGCCGAGGAGCGAAUUCCGCCAUCCGCUAUGCCGAUGAAGCAAGAAAACCCAGAUCCCCUUUUUGGUCCACUUAGACCAAAUCAACAGGAAGUGGAAGAACUGAACCAUGUGUGCUUAACAAAUAGUUUGCGCCACGUUUCUAAAUAAAAUGCCUGUUCAGAUAGACAAAUCCAUUGGCUAUUUGGUUCAUCGAGUUUAUCUUGCCAAAUAUUUUUUUUGUUAGGCCAUCGUCGCGCGGUUCUUGAUUUGGGUCCAGUCGGGGUUAUCGAUUCUUGAUGUUGCUUGGAAUUACUUUCCAGAUUGAUAUCACUCGAUUUUGAAUUGCGACUAGGCGAAACCACAUCUCAGAUCUAUUUCUUGAAUUCGUGGAUUUGGAAGAUGUAA